UUUAAUUUCGAGUCUUGCCCUUUUCACAUUUUUAGUCGUGGAAAUCUUCCUUUCGACACAUGAAAGACGGCGUACUCCGGGAAAAAGUAGAGCUCAACUUAGGCUUGAAAAAGAGCUUUGGCGAGUCCAGAAAGGAGACGUCGACUCUAAGCAUUUUGCAUGGAGGGAACAGCACAUCCAACGCUCAUCAAACCCUUCUUAUUUAUACCUGUCAAAAUGCCAAGAAGCUAAGCAAACCCCACCUGGGUGUUCUUGCGCGAGUAUGGAACAUCUUGCCAUGAAGCAAUGAAUCCUCUCCCUUGAGGCCCCUGAAGGGAAGCCAGGAACGGCACCUGGAAGAGCGUGAUGCAACAUGGGCACCUCGACGGCCUCCUCGCCCACCGCGUCUCCGUUGCCCCGGUCAUCCAGUUCACUUCCGGUUCUCUAUCUCGUUGUGCCGGUCGUGCUGAUCUCGGCCGGCCUGUUCGCUCUGGCUGGUUCUCGGGUCGAGCUCGCCUCACCGUGGAAGCUGAGAGUGACUUUCGAAUCUCCAUGGCCUUCGAGUUAUUCGGAAGAAAACCAAGCAGCUUUUGCCCCAGCAAGUGCGCCUGAGAAUGAGCCGCCGAUGGAGCAACCGGAACCAGAUGAAACGGUCGCCGUCGAGGAGCCUGUGAGGGCUGUCAAAAGAUAUAGCAGGUUUGAGAGGCUAGAGGCCAGCCUGUCCCGGGCACGGUCCGCCAUCAGGGAAGCCGCUCUGGUCCGGAACCUGACGUCGGUCCAUGCCGACGCUGACUACAUCCCCCAAGGACCGAUUUACAGGAACGCCAACGCCUUCCACAGGAGUUAUCUGGAGAUGGAGAAGCUGUUCAAGAUAUAUGUGUACCAGGAAGGGGAACCGCCCAUGUUCCAUGAUGGGCCGUGCAAGAGCAUCUACUCCACGGAGGGAAGGUUCAUCCAUGAGAUGGAGAGAGGCCACAACAUGUACCGGACCACGGGCCCGGACGAGGCCCUCGUCUACUUCCUCCCCUUCAGCGUGGUCAUGCUGGUCCACUAUCUCUACGAGCCCGGGUCCCACGAGACACACGCCAUCGGGCGGGCCGUAAUCGACUACAUCGACGUCAUCGCCGCCAAGCAUCCGUUCUGGAACCGGAGCCUUGGGGCCGACCACUUCAUGCUCUCUUGCCACGACUGGGGGCCGCGCACAUCUUCCUACGUGCCCAACCUCUUCAGCAAGUCCAUUAGGGUCCUGUGCAACGCCAACACCUCGGAAGGGUUCGACCCUUUUAAGGACGCGUCGCUCCCGGAGAUCAACCUCAAGACGGGGGAGAUCUUCGGCCUCCUGGGCGGCCCCUCCCCUUCCCGCCGUGGCACCCUGGCCUUCUUCGCAGGCCACCUGCACGGCCACAUCAGGUACUUGCUGCUGCAGGAGUGGAAGGACAAGGAGGACCCGGACGUGCGAGUGUACGACAAGCUCCCGCGCGGGGUCAGCUACGAGUCGAUGCUGAGGCAGAGCAGGUAUUGCCUGUGCCCGAGCGGGUACGAGGUGGCGAGCCCCAGGAUCGUGGAGGCCAUAUACGCUGAGUGCGUGCCGGUGCUGAUCUCCGAUGGCUACGUGCCACCGUUCAGCGAUGUCCUGAACUGGAAGGCCUUCUCUGUGCAAGUCCAGGUGAAGGACAUUCCCAACAUCAAGAAGAUACUCAUGGCCAUUUCGCCGUCUCAGUACCUGAGGAUGCAGAGGAGAGUGAAGCAAGUGCAGCGGCAUUUCGUGGCCAACGGACCGCCGAGACGAUACGACGUCUUCCACAUGACCGUGCACUCCAUCUGGCUCCGCCGCCUGAAUAUCCGGAUCACCGACUCGGCUUAAACCAGCAAGCAUGGCGAGUAUGCGAUCGGAAGGAGAGACUUGCUGCAGCUUUUUGUUUGUAUGUCUAGCAUUGCAAUUAGGGAAGAAUUUAGUUAGUCUCAUGGCCGUGAAACAGAUUUUUGUGAAUAUCAUGUUCAUGGAUAGACUACUUGGAAAAGGACACCGCACUUCUUCUGUAGCCAGCCCAAACGAAGGCAAGAAACCACCUGGGUGGGAUUUUCUGUAGUCAAAAUGUUUACAAUCA